AUGUUGAAAUUAAGUUUAGGUGCGUGUUUGUCAGCACUUGGUGAGGAACCAGGAGAGUACUACAUAGUCGGUUUUAAAGGUUCAUGCCACUAUUAUCAUUAUGGUGCUCAAGGUGUGAAUGACCAAGGCUGGGGCUGUGGUUACAGAACACUGCAAACCAUUCUGUCUUGGUACAACCUCACGAAAUCCUGUCCUUUCGAUGUGCCUACUUUGCUUGAAGUUCAAAAUAUAUUGCAUGAAACCGGGGACAAGCCUAGAGCCUUUGUAGGCUCUCAUGAUUGGAUUGGAACAUACGAAUGUGGAUUAGUAAUACAAUACCUGACAAAGCAUGAUUUUAAGAUAAUACCUGUGGAAAAAGGCAUUUUUACGGAGGAAACCGUCAAAUUGCUUGUCGAUCAUUUUCAAGCACACGGAUCACCAGUCAUGCUCGGAGGAUACGACGACAGUUCAUCAAAAGGAAUUGUUGCAGUAAAAACGUCUCUUGACCAGUCAACAAUGUUGCUAACUUGUGACCCCCACUAUUUUGAAAUACAUGGCAGCCCAACUAUCGCUAAAUUGUGUAAAGGAAAGUGGUUACGAUGGUGCAAAGUUACUGAAUUGUCAGAAAGACACUUUUAUAAUUUGUGUUUGCCUUUAUAA